CUGUGCCAACGUCACUUGAGUUAUUCCAACCAAAAAAUUGAUUCUUGCAUAGAAUCAUAAAUAUUUUUUACAAAUAAAUUUUGUCAUUCUGUUUAAACUGUUCGGUGAAAAUUACAAAAUUGAAAAUUAUCCAAAAUGCACGGUCGACUGAAAGUUAGAACAACCGAGGAGGAGGCGCAACGAAAACGAAAUGAACAGGCACUGAAAGUGAAGGCAUAUCGUGUGGCAAUGUCGAAAAUCAUUGAAAAAAGAGCCGCCGAACAGUAUGAUGCCGAAAUUAUGCAACUUACGACUGGAGUUUUGUCACGUAAUCCAGACGUGUUUACUCUUUGGAACAUUCGUCGUGAAUUUCUAUUGAAAUUAAAAGCUGAUAAACCGGACGAAGUUCAAGAAACGUACACGAAGGACUUACAGCUCACUCAAACAUGUUUGCAAGUGAAUCCAAAAUCAUACUGUGCCUGGCAUCACCGUUGUUGGAUUUUGGAAAAUAUCACCGAACCCAAAUGGGACGAUGAAGUCAAACUAUGCACAAAAUACUUACAGUUGGAUGAACGCAAUUUUCACGUUUGGGACUAUCGUCGAUAUGCUGUGAAACACGCCAACGUGAAGCCAGAAGAUGAAUUAGAAUUUUGCACGCAAAAAAUUCAAAAGAAUUUCUCUAAUUAUUCAUCUUGGCAUCAGAGAAGCAAACUAUUGCCUGUUUUAUAUCCGCACGAAACGGACAAGACGCGUCCAAUCAACGAAGAAAUACUACGCAAUGAAUUGGAACUGGUCUUAACCGCUGCAUUCACUGAUCCAAAUGAUAGUAGCGCUUGGUUUUAUCAACGAUGGCUUCUUGGCAAUUCAGAGCAAGAAUUGGACAUAGCUGCAUUUAAACUGACCAAAACAUACGCGUUGAUAGCAUUCACACGUCCGGUUGACCUUUACAAAUGUUCCAUCAGUUUGGAUGCUACAACCAAAUUCGAUACAAACAAAUGGCAACCGAUCGAUAGCGAAUUUCCUGUGAAACAUUAUUCAGUAUGGAAACUGGAAGACACAUUCGAAUUGAACAAUGAGGGAAAUUCCAUUUUUGAAUUGUCAUUUGUUGAUGAAGACGACAAUUCACACAGCUUACAAAUUACCAAAAGUAAUGAUGGCUUAUUCGGAAUAAAAAUGCCACGUUUUGGAUUUGAAUUUGGAUCUGGAGUAUUGAAUGUGCUGCAAGAACAGUUGAGCUCAUGCCAGCAAUUACUCGAAUACGAACCGGAGAGUAAAUGGACACUGCUGACAGCUGCUUUACUCAUGCGUGCAGUAAAUCGCAAGGAAUACCAUGCUGCGUCGUUGGAAUUUUUGGAUAAACUAAAAAUGUAUGAUUCUAAUCGCACAGGAUACUAUUCAGAUUUGGCAGACAAAUGGAGCAUAGAACGUGGCUUAAUUGACUGGAUUUCAGCAUUAGAAAAGAAUCGCGACACACUGAUAGAUCUGUCGAAUUUAAAUCUUGUUAAUUUACAUUACACACAAUAUAUUUGUGUCGCGAACGAAAUAAAAUUAUCUGGCAAUAAUUUUGAUUCCAAGCGAACGAAUAAAAUUUCCACAUUGCUUGGCAACUGCAAUGUUAAAAAUGAUUUAACAAAAACAAGUGAUCCUUAAUCAUACAAAUAAGCAUUUGAUAUCCAGUAUAAUGGCGCAAUAAAUAUUCCAAAAUAAAUUUCUUGAUCAUUUUUCAAAAUUAAACAAAACAAAACAUUUUUCAUCAAUAUAAAACAUAGUCAAAAACUCUUCAUUUAAACUCCUUGUGCAAAUAAUAUUUUUAAAAUAUACAGAAUUAACUGAUCCCUAAUGAAAAAACUCAGAAAUCAAGAACUCGGCAUUUUGAUUUUUAAACAUUUUGUAUUGUUACCGAUUAUUAUUGCUGACUAAUUGGCUCCGAAGCAAAACAAAAAAAAAUAACUGAAGUAUAUUUAUUUCGAGAGAUCAAUACAAAAGAUGCACAUUGAAAGUAUACACAAAAUGUUGCAACAACACAUCAAUAUUACACAUUGUGGUGGAAUCUGUCUUUCAUAGCAAGUUGUGCAUAAUUAUGAGAAGACAAAUACAAUCAACAGAUAUAGUAUAUACAAAAAUAUAUGAUUUUUUUCUGAGAGUUUCCAUACAUACUUAGCUAUAAAAAUAAUCUAAUGAACGUUCUAUUUUCG